CUCACGAGAUAAAUUGUUUCAAUUGUCAUGACAAAGUCAAGGAUGGUGUCUUUUACGUACAUGAAUGUUUCAGUAUUUUCUGCUCCAAGUGUAUCGUGAAAGAUGAACAUGUAUGUAUGAGCUGUGGAGAACCAGCCAGUAAAUCUGACAGUGUGGAAAUUCGUGUUACUCCACCAUGUAAAUUUCAUGAACAAGGAUGUAAUGGAAAUGCAAUUUUCAAAUGUUCUUGUAUACCUGAUGGAUUUCUCUGUAAUUUACAUUUACUCGAGAUACAUUCAAGAAUUUUGACAACUCCUUGUACACCUUUACAACUGGUUCGUGGACAUGAAAAAUUAACACUCAAGCCGUGCGAUGAAUGUAAAAAGUUUAGAAGCGAAUUCAUCACUCACGAGAAUAAGCACCUUUGCUAUUACUGUAGCAAGAACUCGAACGUGAUCAUGAAAGUGGAAGAAAAAGCUUUGAAGUCGAUGAUUGAAAAAGCUGAACGAGUUAAAAAUAUAAUUCAAUGUAAGAUUUCAAAAGCUAUUUCAGUCACAAAUGAUGUGUCCUCGAUAAUCGCGGAAGAAGAUGAAAAAAUUAAUCAAGUGGUCAAGAAAAUAAGAGAAAAUCAUGAUGCCUUCAUCGAAUUUCACAUGAACAUGAAAGACAUGUAUGAUGAAGAACGUAAAAUUGCUGAAAAUGCAAUCACAAACUUAACAUCUGAGACUGGUAACCUCAUCGAGAUUUUUCGUUCGUUAACAACCGAAAAAGUUAAGCUCUUGGAUUUCAAAUCCGUGGAAAAUCUGUUUGACAGGUACAUGGGAAGUUUACCUUCGUGGCCUGUAACUCGCCAAAAGUUCAUGUUCACGGACGCUGAGGGUAAACCAAUUGAUGGCUAUGGACAAAGAGUCAUGAUUACUUAUCCAGCUGAGUUUGGAGAUUCAGAUUCAACGGAAAUUGAUGAUACAAAUGUAGAUGUUGAAGCUGUUGAAACAACUGUUGACAAAAACACGAAGACUCAUGAACCUGUACCUGUUAAGUCUAGAAUCAUCAUGAAUCUUGAAAGUACACGACCUUCUUCAAGAGCAACGGAAAGUUCGUGUUCAUCAGAACCCGUAGCUUCAACAAGUAAACAACAUGCUCAAGAUCAUGAACACGAUCCGAUUUCAAAGACAUUUGAUUUAACUCCUCAUCCGAACCAAAAUUUUGCACAUUCCAUUGUUACAAGAGUCAUCAGCCCGUUUCAUGUUUGUAUGACUAUUCCAGAGUUUACCGAAAAAAGAAUUGAAAUCAUCGACUAUAUUGACAAGCACUCGGAGAUGUGGCAACCAGUUCUCCAUCUUUAUGUAGGCGCUAAUGUAAUUGUACAAGAUCCUGGUAUGAACACGAAACCAUACAAGCGAGCGAAAGUUAAAUACAUUAAUUACGAAGAUGGAUCUGUAAAAGUAAAUUUACUUGAUUAUGGGUUCGACAUCGUGAAAAAAGACAUGGACAUUGGAUACUUGGUAGGUAAACACCCGAAAAUGCCUACACAAGAAUACGCAUUUCGUGCAAAGCUGAUUGGAAUAAAGCCAUUGUCUAACUUCUCCUUCCCGUCAACGGUCAAACGAUGUGGAACAAGCUUCUUGAAUUCAUUGAUCGAAAAACAUGGAGCUCUCGUACAUGUAUCACGAAUCGCUUGUGAUCAAGAAAGUUUCAUGUUUUGUCACAUUAAAAGCAAAUUCGAUGGACAAGAACACGAUUGGUCUAAUAUGCUGUUAGAAAGAGGAAUGGCAAUUGAAUACACGGCGAACAAUGGUUGUUAUCUUCCAGACAGAAAUUAUUGUCAUUUGUUUCAUUCCGGAGCCUCUUGUCGUGGAUCAUGUUGGCGAGUACAUGACUGUCCCUUCUGCUGGGAGCAACAUUCAUUGAAAUAUUGCAAGAAAUUCGCGGACAAGGUAAAUUCAUGAACAUGUUAAAAAAUGAACAGAGCAACC